AUGCGAUGGCAGCCAUGUGACCAGAACUUGAGCUUCCGCGACACCUGGCAUUGGCUCCCACGCGAAGAGGAGGAGGAGCUCUUAGAGCCAAUUAGCCUGAAAGAGGCCUUGGAGGAACUCCUAGACUGCCACAAGCGCUUUGAUCCAAGCUGCUGGGCAUGUACCAUGGACGAGGAGGUGGUUUCAAGCGCGGCGAGCGUGGUGACCACCCAGCAAGGAAGCUUUGCAACACAGUUCUUUAUUGGCGAUGACGACUCGAGUUCAGCGCCAGAGUCUCACACGCUAGACUGUGAGAACUUUUACAUUGGCGACGAGACCAAGAGUUCAGGGGAGCACUGGGAGAUGGAAAGCAUCUUCGAAUGCAGUUGGAGCUCUGUCAAGGACCCAUUGGAAGAACACUUCGAACGCGCAAGCGGAAGUGAUUCCUCCGACCACGAGUUGAGCAAGUUGAACAGCCGAGAAACUCGCCUUGUUCCAGAAGUGCCUGAACAGAAGGUCAUUUCAUUGGCGGAUCACCUCGACUGGAGGUCUUCGAAGACGAACGAGAAGGAUGCAGAGACUGAGAGGUGGAGGCAGCUUCAUCCACCGGGCCCGUUUGCGACACAGACGACCAGCGGUUGCCGUGACAUCCAGCGGCAGAACCGAGUGACCUUGCAGCUGGCUAGCUUGGUACAGACGGCUCAUCCGCUCUUCGAUGAGCUCGGACGGGAAGGUUAUGUGCAUAAACGGAUCCACCGGAAGCUGCAUGAAAAGGUAGUGCACUUUGAUGAUGCUCAGAUUAAAAGAUUGGGCGAGAUGUGUUUCCGCGAUCAGUUCGCCGAAGCGGUGAAGAUGGAUAAAGUCUUGGGAUCCGCACUUGGGCUGCAGAUCCAGGAAAUUGCCAACAAUCGAGUGGAGCAGAUUGUGGCACGCCAACCAACACGGCGGUGUGCGCCCAACUUUCCAGAGGUGGAUCGCUAUUCUUCGAUGGCCAUUGGUACCAUCACGUACUUGGGCGUGAUGAACCAGGCCUGUCGCCAGCGGGAACGCGAGCGGGUAUCCCGCUCCGCGCGGGUGGCGCGUGGAGCCAGCUUGCGCUACUUCCGUUUCCACUCGGAGUUGCCACACCCCGUGCCUGCGGAGCGCCCGGCGCAGAAGCCGGGCUCCGGGUGGCCGGAGCAGUGCCCUCCCAUGUCGCUGGGCGAGCAGGAAGAUUUGCUGGUGCUGGUGCUGCUGCUGGUGCGAGAGUUCAGGUCCAGGGAUCUUUUCUUCUUGCGGGGGGCCAUUUGGAUGCUUCCACCGCGCAGCGACCUUUCUCUCGCAGCGGGUCCAGGAGGAUAUAGAUUCGAAGGGCAGCGAUUUGCUGAGGAUGUCAUCAACCCUUUCGAGAUUCGCUUCGAUCCGGGUGAGGAGUCCUGGAAGCUCCACGAUGCCGUGGAGGUGGGUGGCGGUGAUUUGGAAGAACGGGGUGAAGUGGGCGCCUUCGACCAGGACGGGGCGAAGUGGGUGGGCAAUUCUGAUGUCCGAAACUCAGUCUAUGCUGAUGCUGAGCUCAGAUGCUUGGAGCUUGAAAUGUUGCUGCAUGACCAGCAGACAGACACUGACUGGUACUUCCCAGCACACCCUUGGCAUGCAGUGGUGGAACUGCCAAAGUUCGUCGAGGGUGAGCCGGUGAUCAUCCCCGCGGGCGAACCGCUUUGCCGUCUCACGCCGGUGCGACGAGGCUCUUAUUCUGCAGCUGAGAUGAGACCUGAUCAGUUCAAGAUGCUCUAUGAAAAAGGUCAGGCCUGGCUGGAAGAGAAUGGCCGACCCUCCGAAGACCCCGAGGCUCCAGCUGGCGCGCUGGACAUCCGUGGCUGCUAUGCACGGCAGCAGCGGAGAUUUGACUUCCAGGUCAAACGUACCUCCAACGAACCGCAACGAGACCGACCGACCGACCUCCGCGUUGCGAUUUCAAUGGCGUCGAAGAGUUGUCCAGAACUCACUGCCGUGGCUCCGGCGGAGAUCUCGUCCGAAGCAGGCGAACAUCGAAUCGAGGAGAAGAGUUCGGAGGAGAAGACACCGCCACGUGUGGCCUUGGUUUGCCUUUUGCUGGUGAACAUUGUCGAAGGUAUAGAUACCCAGCUGAUUCCGGGAUGCUUGUAUGCAUUGCAGAAGGAUAUUGGUUUGACCUUGGGAGAUGUGGCCAUCCUCACCUCCGUGCAGAUGUUCCUGACCAACGUCGCGGCGCCCUUCUGGGGCAUCAUCGCUGAUCGAGGCUUGCUUCAGAGACGGUCCAUCCUGACGUUGGGAUGCCUUGGAGAAGCUGUCGCCAUCAUGGUCUUGUCCUUUGUGCCCAGCAUGGUGCCCAUGGUCUUCCUCCGCGCCAUGUCGGGCUUCUUCAUGGCCUCCUUGCGGCCAGUGUGCAAUGGUCUCGUUGCGGAUAUGACUUCGGACCACCAUCGCGGUCGAGUUUUUGGACAGAUGCAAAGUGCCUUCAUGUGUGGCAUGUUCUGCGCCACCAUGGUUGCAGGGAAUAUGGCCAACUUGCACGUGUGGCGGAUACCAGGGUGGCGGAUCGUUUUCUUCCUGGGGAGUUUGGUCGCUUACUUGGUCACGUUCAUCGUCUGGAAGUUCAUGAUGGAGCCUUCCCGCUCGCAAGAGGAGCUCAGCCAGAACAGGCGGAAGAAGUUCCUGGACCCUUCAAGUAGUCCCUCAAAAAGGAAGCAACGCGGAUGGCUUGAAAUGGAACGCCUGGGGCGGGCCGCCCCUUCGCCAGUCAGAUUGUUCAAAGACUGCCAAAAGGAGCAUCCCGUAAAGUGGUGGGAGAACCACGAGUGGGUUGGUCGGAAUCCUGAAUAUAGCCCUUUGGCUCAGGAGAACAUUAUGAACAUGUUGAGCGAACCACCUGCCUUCAGGUCGGUGAUCAGUGAGUUGUGGACGGUGCUGCGGUUUUUGCGAAUACCCACCUUUAGCAUCAUGAUUCUUCAGGGUAUCUUUGGCGGGAUGCCCUGGACCAUCAUGGGAAACAACUUGCUUUUCUUCAAGCUUUGUGGCCUUCCGGACUGGCAAGCAUCCAUUUUGACCUCAGAGUUUACAGUCAUGGCCACGUUUGGAUCCAUCCUCGGUGGGCUUGUGGCAGACUUUUUAGCCAAACGUUUGGGCUUGCAUGGACGACCUUUGAGCGCACAAAUCACUGUGGCCAUUGGGAUUCCUUUGAUGUAUUUGCAAUUUUGGGGAAUCCCAGCAGGAGAAGGUGGCUUUUGGACCUACCUUGUGAUUAUUGCGGCGUUUGGGCUGCUGGGUACAUGGGCGGGAUCCGGUACAAACCUGCCCAUUCUCUCCCACAUCGUCCCGCCUGGUGAACGCAGUAAAGUCAUGGCUUGGGAGGGCGCCCUGGAGAGCUCGCUGGCCACCGCCGUCGGCCCGGCGAGCGUCUCCAUCUUGGCGAAGUGCAUCUUCGGCUACAACUUCGGAGAGGAAGAGAAGAACGGCAAAUCCAUUGAAGCAGCCACGGCCUUGGGGAAAGCGAUGGCGGUCAGCAUUUGCCUUCCAUGGAUUGUGACAUUUUUGGUCUACACAUUGAUGCAUUGGAGCUAUCCAAGAGACAUUCGACACCUGAAGGCACACGAAGAAGAUCUCCAUGCUGAUGCCAAUACAGUCUAAGGUGAUGUAAAAACAUCGCACCAAGACUGUAAUCUUUUAGCGUUUUGUUUUAUACACUGAUUUGGAGGCUCACAUGUGGCCAUUUGAGCAUUUCCUUGUGGCACUCCAAGUCAGAUGCAUGACAGUAAGGCCAUACCACAACAAAUGCACGACCACCAGGCAAUCCCUUGCAAAGUGCACCACUUCUUGGCCAAUUUUGGUGCUGGAAACUGGGACUUGUUGCAAAAACUACCGUGGUCUGCAAUGGGAAGUUCCAAGAUGAGGAAUGGGAC